ACGAGGGUUCGCGCGCGCGUCAGUAACGGACGCGCGCGAGACGGCAGAGAAGCGGGCGAAUCGAAGCGCGGUGGUGCCCCUCCUCCCCUCCAGUCGCCGCACGCACGUCCAACUCACUUCGAGCAACGGCAGUCGGUCAGCACGUAUCCCUCUGAAACAAUGAUGGGGAAGCUGCUCUUCGUGUUCUUGCUCGUCAGCGGCGGUGAAGGUGUUCUCCAGGUCUCCAUCUCUCUGAAGAAGGUAGAACUGAGUGUCGGGGAGUCAAAGUUUUUCACAUGCACAGUGAUUGGAGAACCCAUUAGCCUGGAGUGGUAUAACCCUCAAGGUGAGCACAUGGUGCCCUCCCCACGUGUUGCCCUGCACAAUGAGGAAGUGCGCUCCAGACUCACCCUCUACAAUGCCAACAUAGAGGAUGCGGGCAUUUAUCGCUGCCAAGCCACUGAUUCAAAGGGACAGACACAGGAGGCCACAGUGGUGCUGGAGAUUUACCAAAAACUAACAUUCAGGGAGGUGCCGUCACCUCAAGAGUUCCGGCAGGGCGACGUGGCUGAGGUGGUGUGUAAUGUCACCAGCUCCCCUGUGCCUGUGGUCGCGUGGUACUACAACAGUAUGGAGAUCACUGAGUACACUGACAAGUUUCAGCUCCUGCCAAACAACAACCUACAAAUCCAGAGAGUGACUAAAGCAGAUGAAGGUACGUACCGCUGCGAAGCCCGAGUGGAGGCCAGGGGUGAGAUUGACUUCAGAGAUAUCAUCCUGGUUGUCAACGUUCCUCCAGUGUUGUCCGUACCACAGCAGUUCUUCAAUGCAACAGCUGACUAUGGUGAAUCCGUGACAUUCACCUGCAGGGCUUAUGGCUCUCCUGAACCUGAUAUUACCUGGCACAGGAAGGGAGUUGAACUCCAGGAGUCAGAGCAGUAUGCAUUGCGAGUCCAUGGUACCACACUCACUGUUCGCAACAUUAAGCAGGAUGAUGGCGGCUCCUACACCUGCAAGGCUUCCAACAAGGCUGGUGAUGUGCAGCGGGAGAUUUUUCUCAAAAUAUUCGUCCAACCACACAUCACGAAGCUGAGGAACGUGACAGCCGUGGAGGGCAGUGCUGCUAUGAUCUCAUGUAAAGCUGAGGGUGAACCCCUGCCUGAGAUCUCCUGGAGGAGAGCCAAAGAUGGACAGAGCUUCUCCUAUGGACAAAAGAGUCCAGACGAGCGUGUGGAAGUGCGUGGGCAUCAUGGUGAGUCCAUGCUGACCAUCGUGGGAGUGGGCCUGUCUGAUUGGGGCCGUUUUGACUGUGAAGCUCUCAGCAGAAUUGGAGGACAUCAGAAGAGCAUGUUCCUGGAUAUUGAGUAUGCACCCAAGUUCCAAACCAAUCACACCAUCUUCUUCUCAUGGGAGGGGAACCCGGUAAACAUCAGCUGUGAGGUGAUGUCCAACCCCGUAGCCACUAUGCUGUGGCGGCGAGACAAGCUGACCAUCCCUACUGAGGGCACAGCCAACAUGCGAGUACACAGUGCUCCUGGCAAAUCCCUAUUGGAGGUCACUCCCAUGUCAGACCGGGAUUUUGGCCGAUACAACUGCACAGCUAGAAACAACAUUGGCAUGAGGUUCCAGGAGUUCAUCUUGGCUCAGGCAGAUGUUCCAUCUAACCCAUACUCGGUGCAUCUUAGCUCUGUGGCCCAGCGCACAGCUACAGUGACGUUUAUGAAACCAGACUCUCAUGGUGGAGUUCCUAUUGGUCAUUACUUGGUUAGAUACAAGGACAUCAGUUCAAAUGACUGGAGAGAUGUCAAGUCUCAUGGAACACAAACAAUAGUGCUGCUUACUAGCCUUGAACCCAACACUACUUAUGAGGUCCGAGUGGCAGCUGUGAAUGGAAAAGGCCAAGGGGAGUUUAGUCGCACAGAGAGCUUUCAGACAUUGCCCAUCCGAGAACCGAGCCCACCAUCAGUGCAGGGUCAGAGGGACAUGGGAAAGUCCUACAAACUGGGCCUAGUUAAACAGGACGAUGGUGGCAUGCCCAUCCUGGAGUAUAUUGUCAAAUACAAAACAGAUAAAGAGGACCAGUGGAUGACCAAGGUGGUUCCUGGUUUGAGUGACUUUGUGCUGCUGCAGCCUCUCCAGUGGAACAUGCGGUAUGAAGUGGAGAUCACUGCCCGCAAUGUCAAAGGCUUGUCUGAACCCACCUUUGUGAAGUUUUCCAUGCCACAGAAACCGGAUAUUACAGAUCAGUGUUGUAAGCCUCCUCCAACUGGACAUGGAAAUCCCACACUUCACUCUGCUCGAACAGUGACACUCAUCGGAGCUGCACUGUCACUCACUCUGUAUUUGUGUCUCUGUUGAUGUCAUCCCAUCUUCACUCUGCCACUGGGGAACAGACUCAAAGACUGAGCCAGGGACUUACCUCCAGUUUUUCCACAAAUGAGUCUAGCCUCUUGGGGAGAUUACUGAUUCUUAGCAAUGCCAGCUGAUUGCACCAGUGCACGUGAUAGCACUGACCUGCAGCCACUCUUAGUUGAUGGCUAAUGUUUCAUUCCCAUUUCUGUGCUUCAGCAUUAUGGACCAUUCUGUAUACUGAACAGUCCUCUGUUGCAUUGAAACAGACCACAUUGUUCGCACUGUUUCUGUGAGUGUGGUAAUCGCUUUAACAUUAGACUAUAAAUCCAGUGUGAAAUUUUUUAUUAAAUCUGAGCACUUGUAUGUUCUUCAUACACAAAGAGAUACAGAGACAUAAAGGUCCAGUCAUGGCUUAGUUUGUAUAGAUUUUAUCACUGGGUAAAAUAUGGGUCAUUCUAUCACUGGAGUGACGACAUUUAAUCCUGCAGAUUCACAUAUUUCUGUACCACUCAGUACACAAUGAAUAAUGUCAAAUAGGAUUUCAUGCACAUCAUACAUGAAUGAACUGGCCCUUACUGAGUUUUAUAUAAACCAGGAUCUGUCCCUUUUAUAUGAUCACAAGAGUAACACCACAAUUAUGGUGUACAAAUUCCUUUUCAUUUUCUGCACAUAGCAUUAGCGUUAGGAGAAUAGUGUGCUUUGCUGAUGAAAAAUAUAAAAGCAAUUGAAACUUCCUGUUUUGCAUGGAUGAGGAGAUGGUUUAAUUUUAUUGCAUCGCUAAACAGUGCAUUUUAAUGGUGUGAGAACAAGAGAAUAAGCUAACCAUAGUUUCUGACCCAAGUGAAAGUGUAACUAACUGUGCAUAUGUUUAUCUGUGAAGCAGUGAAAAUAAAUUGGAAUGUAACUAGCAUUAAUGGUUCAAUAAUAGGUCCUAAAACUCAACAA